GGAAAGAGUUUUAGUAUGAGGGGACACCUUUAUAGACAUCAAAGAAUUCACACAGGAGAGAAACCAUAUAAAUGCCUGGAGUGUGGAAAAAGUUUCAGUCAGUUAGGACAUCUUAGUCAACAUGAAAGAAUUCACACUGGAGAAAAACCGUAUAAAUGCCUGGAGUGUGGAAAAAGUUUCAGUCAGUUAGGACAUCUUAGUCAACAUGAAAGAAUUCACACUGGAGAAAAACCGUAUAAAUGCCUGGAGUGUGGAAGAAGCUUCAGUGAGAGUGGAAGCCUUUAUUCCCAUCAAAGAAUCCAUUCAGGAGACAAGCCGUAUAAAUGCAUGGAGUGUGGAAAGAGUUUCAGUCUGAGCGGAAACCUUUAUACACAUGAAAGAAUCCAUUCCGGAGAGAAACCAUAUAAAUGCCUGGAGUGUGGAAAGAUUUUCAUUAGAAACGGACAACUCAAAAGCCAUCAAAGAAUCCAUACAGGAGAGAAACCCUAUAAGUGCCGGGAGUGUGGAAAGUGCUUCAGUGACAGGGGAAACCUUUCCACGCAUCUAAGAAUCCAUUCAGGAGAGAAAGUGUAUAAAUGCCUGGAGUGUGGAAAGAGCUUCAUUAGAAAUGAACAACUCAAAAGCCAUCAAAGAAUACAUUUAGGAGUGAAACCAUACAAAUGCAUGGAGUGUGGGAAGAGUUUCACUCGGAGAGGAGAACUCAGGAUACAUCAAAGAAUUCACACAGGAGAGAAACCAUAUAGAUGCACAGUGUGUGGAAAGAAUUUCAGUCAGGGAGGACAUCUCAGGAUACAUCAAAGAAUUCACACGGGAGAAAAGCCGUACAAAUGCCUAGAGUGUGGAAGGAGCUUCAGUGAGAAUGGAAGCCUUCAUACGCAUCAAAGAAUCCAUUCAGGGGAAAAACCAUAUAAAUGCCUGGAGUGUGGAAAAAGCUUCAGUGUGAGGGGAAGUCUUUAUAUACAUCAAAGAAUCCAUUCAGGAGAGAAACCGUAUAAAUGCCUCGAGUGUGGAAGGACCUUCAUCAGAAACAAACAACUCAAAAGCCAUGAAAGAAUUCAUUCAGGAGAAAAACCAUAUAAAUGCCUGGAGUAUGGAAAGAGCUUCAGUCACAAUGUAGGUCUCAGUAAAUAUUAUAAACUUCUCACAGAUAAAUUGAUAAAUGCACGGAGUACGAAAAAUCCUUCAAAACAAAUGGAAAUCUUCAAGACCAUCAAAGAAUCUACACGGUAGAGAAACCAUAUAAAUGAAUAGAGCAUGACUAAAAUACCUCAGUAACCAGCAAAAUAAAUGCAUCCCUGUGUCAGGAUCUACGCAAGCCAGAACCUUCAAUUGUUUUUUAUU